AACCUAUUAAGUAGCAUCCUCAUCAGAUUAACCUUUGGAAAGUGAUUUGUUUAAAUUUGUGAUUUGUUCUUGUUUUUUAUUUUUUACAGAUUUGUUUUAAAUGAAAAAAAGACAAAGUCUGCUGUCAACUUUCUGGGGAAUCUGUUCACUGCAGCAUCAGAGUUUAACACAGAUACAGAAGAAAAAUACACAGAAUUAUUAACAUCUGUGUGCAACUACACAUCUUUCCCAUGUGAUGAAGAUUACUCUCUGAUGAAACAAUCUGGUUUCCUGCUGGAUCUGUACUCACAUAUGAAGGACUAUGAGAGUCAAACAGGAAGGAGUGUCCUACCAGCAUUACAGUCAAUUUAUCAGUCAUCACCUGCAGUCUGGAUCAUAAACCUCUCAGAGACAAAGACCUCCAUCCUCCUAGAAGUGCUGAAACUCCAAACAGAGAAGAAACCAGUAGAGUUGAUAGACUGGACAGAUGAUGAGAGUGAAGUGAGAGGAUUCAUCCAGUGUCUGCCAUACAUCUCACAACUGAGAUUUUACAAAGGUGUGGUAUAUAAAGAAAAGAAGAAAUGGCCAGCUGUUCAGUUUCUGGUGAAUUUGUUCACUUCAGAGUUUGACACAAAUAAAGAAGAAAAUUACACUGAACUAUUAACAUCUGUGUGCAGCUACACAUCUUUCCCCUGUUAUAAAGAUUAUUAUGAUGAUGAUUUGAACCAUCAGAUUCAUCAGUGUGAUUUUCUGCUGGAUCUGUACUUAAAUCUGAAGAACUAUGAGAGUCAAACAGGCAAGAGUCUCCUACCAGCAUUACAGUCAAUUUAUCAGUCAUCUCCUGCAGUCUGGACCAUAAACCUCUCAGAGAGAAAGACCUCCAUCCUCCUAGAAGUGUUAAAACUCCAAACAGAGAAGAAACCAGUAGAGUUGAUAGACUGGACAGAUGAUGAGAGUGAAGUGAGAGGAUUCAUUCAGUGUCUGCCAUACAUCUCACAACUGAGAUUUACUGAAGUUUUCUAUGAGAAGAGAGAAUCUGUUGUUCAGUUUCUGGCAAAUCUGUUCAAUGCAGCAUCAGAGUUUGACACAAAUACAGAAGAAAAAUACACUGAACUAUUAACAUCUGUGUGCAACUACACAACUUUUCCUUAUGAUGUAGAAUAUUAUGAUGAUGAUGAUUUUGAUUAUCUGAUUGAACAAAGUGAUUUUCUGCUGGAUCUGUACUCACAUGUGAAGGACUAUGAGGGUCAAACAGGCAGGAGUCUCCUACCAGCAUUACAGUCAAUUUAUCAGUCAUCUCCUGCAGUCUGGAUCAUAAACCUCUCAGGAAGAAAGACCUCCAUCCUCCUAGAAGUGCUGAAACUCCAAACAGAGAAGAAACCAGUAGAGUUGAUAGACUGGACAGAUGAUGAGAGUGAAGUGAGAGGAUUCAUUCAGUGUCUGCCAUACAUCUCACAACUGAGGUAA